AUGUCUGAUAAAACUCCAUCAUCCAGACUUCCAUCAACUUAUAUUGGUAGAAGACUAUUCUCUAUUUAUAAUGAUGACGAUGACGAUGAAUAUAGAAAUCCUAUGGUCUAUGAUAUGUGUGGGACUUGUACAUAUAAACACCAGUCUGACUAUGACAUUGUCAUCCCUGAUUAUUCUACUCAUUAUAAUAGUCAAAAUCAAAAUGAAAAUCAAAAUGAAAAUAAUACCUUUAUGAUUAUUGAUAAUAAUAUUAAUAAUAAUGAAAGAGAAAUGUCCUUUGACUCAUUUGAUGAUGAGAAUUACUCCAAUCUACUCUAA